UAAUGGUAAAGAUCCACCAUAACAAAAGCCGGGUUUUUCUGUGGAAUAAAAAAGCGGGAAUUCUCCAAAAAUUUCGCCCUGACAAACAAUUUUCAAUAAUCCAGAAGACUUCCGAACAAUUAUGGCCUCUGACCCGUCCUCCCCAGCUGACAACGACAGCUGUGAGGGCGAUGACCUGGAGGACGUUGACUCCGCCGGCGAGGACGCGGAGGUCACGGGGUCGGGUUCCGCGCGGAAGCGGGUGUCGGCUCGGACGGUGCUGACCGGGCGGGGCGUUACUAUGGCGAUGCUGCUGUCGGACGGAAUUCUGGAACCCGGAGACGCCUGUCUGUCUAUUGACUAUCUGGGUCAGAAGUUUGUAGGAGAUCUCCUGCCCAACGGUAAGAUAAAGUGGCAGGGCAGCAACCGAGUCUUCAACUCCCCCAGUGCCUGGGCCAUUCACUGUAAGAAGAUGGUCAACCCUUCCAAGAAGUCAGGGUGUGGAUGGGCCUCCGUUAAGUACAAAGGGAAGAAACUGGACAUCUACAAAACCAUCUGGUUCAGGAAGCAGAGGGGAGCCAACGCACCGAGCCCGGCCAAUACGGAUGAGUCUAUGGAGGAUGAGGAGGAGGAGGAAGAGGAGGAGGAGGGCAAGAAGGAGGAGGCCAAGAAAACGGAGGAAUCAGCAACAAAAAAAGAGCCGGUGGCGAAACCCAAAGGUAAUGACUCGCAGCCGGGCGGGGCGGAGAAUCGUCAUGACAACAGUCGCCCGCGGCGACCGGUUUCCGAGGUUACGGGCGGUCUGAAGACCACGUCGGCCGCGGCGCCUCUGUCUCUCUCCUUGUCGGGGUCCUUUCGAGUCAAGCAGGACGUUAAGGAGAGGCCAUCAGUGAAACACACUUCACUGGGCAGCAGGGACCCUGAUCAAGAUCCGAACACUCUAGUGGAAUACUCCCAUUUCUCAGCACUUGGGAAGAUGCAGCCCUUCACUAUGUCUAUAACUACCAACUGUCUUCUGCUCAUGGACUUCCACUGCCACCUGACCACCAGCGAGGUCGUAGGUUACCUGGGAGGGAAGUGGGACCCUGCAUCACAGCACUUGAGUAUCCUGCAGGCAUUCCCCUGUAGAUGUAGGCUGGGCGACAAGGAAAACGCUAUAGUAGUGGAGGAGGAGAUCCGCCAGGGCAUGAUGUUACGUGGCCUGUCAUUGGUCGGCUGGUACCACUCCCACCCCCACUGUCAGGCGGACCCUUCGUUGCGAGAUGUGGACUGUCAGAUGGAGUACCAGGUGGCCAUGAAGGGGCUGGGCGCUACGUACCAGCCCUGUGUAGGCUUUAUAGUGGCUCCAUUUCCCCUGAGUGAACCAAUAGUGGAGUCAGCAAUACAGGCCUUCUGGGUGAUGCCGCCUCCCGAGCACAAGCCUCACGAGUACGGGAUGCCCAUGUCGAUGAACUUCACGGCCAUCCAGGACAGCUAUCUCACACAGGACGUCGUCAACGAGAUGAAGUGGGUGAGUGAUUACUACAGCGGAGCUCCAGACUUCUUGUUCUUUAAGGAACCCUGGCACCAAGAUAAGACGUUUCUCGAGAAGGUUAAGGGUUCCCUGGCCAAGAAGUUGCCCAAGGAUCAAGUCAGCGGCCAACUUCUUGACUUUGUACAAAGUUUACUUGUGACACAACAAGGGCAGGAGAAGCAGACCUCAAGAUGAAAAUAUACUAGUAACUUCUUAGAUAACGGAAGAAGGUCAAAGACCUUGAAGUAGACAUGCUGUAGAUUUAAUAUUAUUAAACACUUCCAGCACAGUUUUUUAUGAGUUGUGUAGAGUAGGUCUAGUGUGCAUGUAGUUUACGAGUCAGUGCACAGAAAAACUGUUGUACACAAUGUAUCAGUAUUAGGCCACACCAAUUUAAUUUGUUGGUUCUCGGAUUUGCCCACUUCAUUUUUUUCUGAUUUGCCAAAAAAAAAAAAAAUUCAGGCUCUGAAUCAACUUCAAAAUGCUCAUAUUUUGGGCCCCAAAAUUAAAGGAAGUCCCAUCUCUUUGAGUUGUUACAGUUUUUUUCCAUCUAUCAAUGCAGUGGUUUAAAGUAUAAAAUUCAUUGUUUGAAUUACAAACCAGCUUUCAUGGCUCCUGAAAUAGCAUUUGUUGCUAUCAUAGGAUGCCUAGACCUGUCGCUUCAUAAUUUUUCUAAAAAAAUCCAAGAACUAACAAAUUAAAUUGGUGGGGCCUUAUGUACCAAAAGUUGAUGUUGUCCCUCCCCAUCCCCCACAAAAAAAAGCAAAAAUGGUGUGCCAAACUUUGAGACCUUUUGAAAGGGUCGGAUGUGUGUUUUAUAAAGCUGUAAAGCUUAUACCCUUAGUGCAUACUUUAAAAAAAAGAUUAUUGUCUGUAAAGCACCUAAAGCACUUAGUGAAAACUGUGGGUUUGGCCUGGAUAUUUGUUUAUUGCAUUAUUGUGUAUUGCCCUGGGGGUUAUGAAAGUCUAUGUGUGUCCCUUU